UGCGGGUUCCGUGGACUGAGUGAAGGGGGCGAACGAAGAUGCAGUUCACGGGCAGGAGGCGGAAUCGUCUGCCGUUUUCGCCGCUGGUCGAGGUUUACCCGUUCCCCGUGCAGUUCUACGAGCAGCCGCCGACCGGUGACAUCUCGCUGCAGGAAUUCGAGAGCCUGGCGGUGGAGAGGCUGAAGCUUCUCAAGAGUGCAGAAAAUAUUGGCAUCAGCUACAUCAGGGGAUCUGAAGCCUAUAACAAGAAACUGGAGACUGAAUUUCGAAAGCUGAAGUUUCCCUACAGAAUUGUCAGUGAAGAGAAGUUGGAUGAUUAUGAAAUGAGGAGGAAAGAUCACAUCUCUCAUUUCAUACUGCGUCUUGCUUACUGUCAGUCGGAAGAGUUGAGGCGAUGGUUUAUUCAGCAGGAGUUGGACUUAUUCCGUUUCCGGUUUGGUGAGCUACAUGACAAGCAGCAAGAGUUUCUCAAACGAAACUCUUUGGAGUAUCAUGCCAUUGAACAAGAGGAAAAAGAGCGCUUAAGCAGCAAACUGCAGAGCUCAGCUGGACAAAGUUCAGUGAUAAUAGAUGACCAAAUCUUUUACAAGGUCCCUUUUACUGAUGCUCUUGAACUAGUCCGAACUCGGAAGGCCUACAUCAAAGGAGGGUUGGUAUACAUACCUCAUCCGGAAAUUGUGAUUAUAAUCCUGAAUGAAUUCCGAAAGAGACUUUCCAAGUCUUUGGCUUUGACAUCAAGAUCGCUGCCUGUUAUACAGUCAGAUGAGCGACUGCAACCUCUGCUGAGCCACCUCAGCUAUGCGUAUGUUGGACAGGACUACAGUGUUCAAAGGAAUGUUGGGAAGAUUUCCUUGGAUCAACUUGACAGUCUGGCCACAAAAUCGUAUCCUCCCUGUAUGCGCCAGUUACACAAGGCUUUGCGGGACAACCAUCAUCUCCGACAUGGUGGUCGCAUGCAAUAUGGACUUUACCUCAAGGGGAUAGGCCUCACCCUAGAACAAGCCUUGCAGUUCUGGAAAUCAGAAUUUAUAAAAGGAAAAGUGGAACCAGAUAAGUUUGAUAAAUCAUACUCCUACAAUAUACGGCACAGCUUUGGAAAGGAAGGCAAGAGAACUGACUAUACCCCAUUCAGCUGCAUGAAGAUUAUUCUGUCAAACGCGCCAGGUCAAGGAGACUACCAUGGCUGUCCAUUUCGGCACAGUGAUCCUGAGCUACUAAAGGCAAAGCUGCAGUCCUAUAAGAUUCCACUUGCAGGAAUAAAUCAGAUUCUGGAUUUAGUCAAGGGGAUGCAUUACCAGCUGGCCUGUCAGAAAUACUUUGAGCUAACCCACAAUAUUGAAGAAGUAGGAUUUUCUCUGAGUCAUCCAAAUCAAUAUUUCAUUGAGAGUCAGAAGCUUCUGAACAGCAGCCGAGAUGAAAAGAAAGAAUCAAGCCAGCUGGAAAGCACCCAGCGUAGCCAGGCCAGCCAACCGGCUAGAGGGACGAGCUCCAGUGUCUCCAAAACCACAAGCCAGGCAGAGUCAACCGAUAUGGAGGGUAUAAAUAUCGAAGAGCUUCUCAGUGAAGAGUACAUUGAAUGAUUAUCCAUGAGAUGGAUGUCCAAUGAAAUAUAUUUUGUAUCAGAACAUUUUCUGAAGUGAAUAUGUUGCAUGCUUUUCCGAUUUUUUUUUUUGGCUCCAUACCUGAGUAAGCAAACUUAAGGUAAAAUGAAUUCUCUCCAGAAUGGCUAAAAAGCAAUAAUUUAUCUUUGUUGAAAUACAGCAAAAUGAAAUGGACAUACUGUCUUUCAUUGUUACUUGUACCAGUUUCCUGGAAAGAAAUGACACAGUUGAUGUAGAUUUUACCAAUGGAUCAUCAUGGAAUUCAGCCUAAAAAGAUUUCAUUUGACCUUAUUCCAAAUGUAGUAAGAAAUGUUUAAUUGUGUUGGUAACACCUUAUCAAGGCUAUUUCAUGUUAAAGCCAAAACCUUCAGGAGAUAAUGACUUUCCAGAAUUCAUUAUAAGGGAUCGAAUAUUCAGACUCAUUCUCCAGUAGUUUUGUGGGCGCUUUGACGUCAUACACUUGCUAACAUUGACAGAAAAAGAUCUUUCCUCUACACAAAUCUACAUUAUUGCUUUCUUAAUUGUACAAAAGGACCAGUGGAUUCACCAGCGUUAGCUGUUUCAUACACUUCAUUGUGUUGUAAUGUGAAACGUUCUUUCUUGUUGCCCAUCAAAUGUUAGAGUAUAUUGUAAAUGCUUCUGUCACACUUUCAGAUUUAUAGAAGAGAGGGACGUCUAAAUCCAUUUUUUUUCCUGUUCAAGAUUUCAUAAUGUGGAAUAAGCAAUGCAAAAUAAGUUAUUACAAUGCUGGAUUUUCAUUAAAGCUUAAUUGAUAUUCUCUAUCAGCUUUGAACGUACAUCACAAGUGUCACCUUAAAGCUGAUUAUUUCAGACUUUGACACCGCUUCUUUGUACACUUGAGUGAGGCCUGUGUGUAACUUGAGCUUGGAGUUUCAUUUUGCCCUGUGUUAUGACAAGACAGAAAUAAAUGCUCUGUGAUCUUUUUUGCUUUCUGAGAAAAACACGAAAACAAAGCUUACUUACAUGCAUUUUAUGUAUUCUGUACAGGAGAGAUGUCGCGAUUGUGCCUGUUGUUUGCAUGUGUGGCAGACAUAUCUGGGAUAAUCUUGUGAUCGAGUAGAUCUAGUGGAGAAUGUUUUAUUUACUGAGGAAUGCCACCAGUGGAAUGACCUCUGAAGUUUAUUUUGUGAUCAAGGUUUUUCAGUGAAGCAUGUGCAAUGAUUAUCUGAAAAGUGCUCUCUAUGGAAUAACUGGACCAUGCAAUCACCAUUGUGUGAAGAGCUGCAAUGGACUUUUGACUUCAGUAUGAAGUUAAAAGCCCGCUGCAGUAUCUGACAAGUUGACAAGAUCUCUCGUGCACCAUUCUCUGAGCUUUCUUCAAGAUAAACUUAAGGAAUAUGAGAUGAAUCUCCUGGGAUCUGCCCUUAAUAGCUACAAAUGAGUAGUAUACACGUACAGAGAACUUAGUAAACUGCUUAGUCAAAACAUUACACUGUACCUGUGGAUAUGAGUUCAAUUCAGAGGUAGUUUGUUCUGGUCCUUUUUAUUUGGUAGGAAGGAAGCAUCAAUGAAUACAUGGAUUACUGUUUUAAAAAAAAACAAAUUGUAUGUAAUUCUGCAAAACAGCUCCAAGAGUCAAGUUGCUUGAUUAUCUGUGUGGCUAAUACAGUUUUGUUUAAGCUGAAUUGCGAUGAAUAAAAUGGACUUUUUUCUAAACCUCAGAGUUGCCAUUAGCUGUGGUCCUGUGCAGACAGAUUACGAAGCUGAGAUCAUGAAUUAUCACUGAACAGUAACUUCUUAAGGAAAUUAUGGAGAACAACUGUCUGGUGCCAGUAUGAUUUCUUUCCGCUUGGAUUGCACUAGUUUCUGGUCUUGUAGAACUUAAUUAUCCUUUUACAAAAUGAUCAUUACUAGUUUGAGUUCUCCACUCUCCUUGUAUAUGUCAACUACUACAUUUCUUGUACUGUGUAAUUGUGUUGAUGUUUUUUUUCCGAUUUUCCUCACAUUUUUGUGCCUUUCCACGAUAUCCUAAAAUAUAUAAUACAGUAGUAACUCGACUCACGAAAGUGAUGCGUAUCUGAGCAAAAUUUCGUAAGUUGAGAGGGCUUGGUGAAAUGCAUUAUAGGCACAUGUAGCAUGAGGUACAGCAAAAAUACAAGUAUGCAAGAAAAUGGGAGCCCACAUAGCCCUCAAUUCCCUGGUCUAUCAAGAUGUAUCCACCCUCUCUUUAACUACUUCCAGUUAUCUGGCACCCACAACACUCUGGAGAUUAAACACCCUCUGUGAAGAGAAAUCCCACACACCUUAGUUUUAAUUGACUGCUCCCUCAUCUUGUAAAUAUGGCCCUUGUUUGAGACUCUCCCAUUAGUAUCCCAUCUUUUUUUAGUCAGGAUCGUAUAUGUUUCGAUAAGAUCACCCUUCAUCCUUCUAAGCUCUCCAAAAAAUACAUGUCUUUGUUUGCUGUUCAUGAUAAGGUAACACUGUCAUCCCAGCAUUCAGCCUAUCAUUGAUUGCACUGACAUACAGUUUGAAGGGUAUCCAUACGAAAAGUUGAAGAUUAAAUGUUUAUUGUACAAUUAUGAUUCCCAUAUCUGAGAAUGUACUUCAUUUCUCCUGUUGACCAUUCUAUUACACUUAGUGACCAUAAAAAAAUUGGGUAGAAAGGUGAACAUCAUUCCAGUGAUUUACACAUUGCACAUUCUCCCUGUGACCACUUGGAUUUCCUCCGGGUGCUCUGGUUUCCUCCCACAUUCCAAAAAUGUGGUAGUUGGUACUUCGAUGGGCCACUGUGAAUUUCUCCAAGUGUGUAGGUGACUGGUAGGAGGAGUUGAUGAAAGUACGGGGAAAAACAAAGCAGGUUAGUGUUGGUUUUGUGUAAUAAUGGGUGGUUGGUGGUCAGCAUGGACUUGGUGGGCCGAAGGGACUGUUCCAUGCUGUAUCUCUCAGUGAUCUUAUGAUUACAAGGUUGACGUCACCAAAAAUAAAUAUUUCUUAAAUUUAAAAUCAAAAUAAUGGGUGAACAGAUUAACAAUGGGGUACGAAUCUAUUGAUGAUGAAAUGAUAGUAAAAUGAAUUCAGCCAUGAAUUAAUCUCUUAUUUGCUCUGAGGGGAAAUAAACGUUGAUAAUACAAUGGUUAAAGGCCAGCAGUUUGCCAGGGGAGGUUGUGCAGGUUGGAAAUGAGAAUCACAGUGGCUUUGUGGAGAUGCAAGAGACGUUUCUUUGCGUGAACGUGGAAGAUCUGAGCAAGCAGACCCACACCAGGCACUACAAGCUCUAUCAUGAUUGCAAAUUAGAAGAGACGGGAUUCCAGGGCAGCAACCUAAACAAUGUGCCAGUCAACCUUCAAGAAAUAGCUUCAUAGGUCAAAACACAUACACAGACGAGUCCAUGAUCAUUUGUAACAUGAGAAAUUACUGUUAUCAAUUACAUUGUAAUAUGGAAUUUUAUCAACAGGUAAAAUCAUAAAAGUAUGCAUUGGUGACUAGAAAUUAUGUUUAUGAAUACAUUCACUUUUUAAAGAGGUUUGUAAAGUUUUGCUUAAAAGAUUGCA